CGCGCUCGUGACGUCAGAGGUGGGCGCCACAUAUGAAAGUGCGGGAAGCCGCGACUGCAGCUGAGCUCUUUGACAGCCAUGGAUCUAACGCAGAAAGUGCGGGAACUUAGUCGCUGGGCUGCAGAAGAGAUGGAGGUGCCCCAAGCGGCCCUCCCCGGGGAGGCGACGCUGCGCAGGCUGUGUCUGGGUCAGGGGGCUGACAUCUGGGCCUACAUUGUGCAGCAUGUGCAUAGUCAAAGGAGUAUCAAGACAAUCCGGGGAAACCUCCUCUGGUAUGGCCACCAGGACAACUCAAAGGUCCGUCGGAAGUUGGAGCUGGAAGCCACUGUGGCCCGCCUGCGUGCAGAGAGCCAAGGGCUAGACCAGAGCCUGGAGCUGAUGGAUCAAGAGACUGAGGCCCAGGAUGUGACCAUGGCGCACACACUGCAGAGCCUGAAAGAAACCCAGCAUCGAACAUGUCUCCUCCAGGCCAAAGCCAGGGCUGUGCAAAGACAGCAACAUGGGCUGCAAGAUCCCAUGCAGAGACUACAGAAUCAGCUCAGGCGUCUGCAGGACAUGCAAAGAAAAGCCAAGGUGGACGUGGCCUUUGGGCCUCUGGUGUCAGCAGCGGCUGCGGUAGAGCCUGAGGUGUUGCGUGACGUGCAGACAGCCUGUUCCCUCCGGACUCAGUUCCUGCAGAACCUUCUCAUGCCCCAGGCCAGGGGAGGCAGCAUCCUAAGCCCUCGUGAUGAUGACCACUUCGGAAAUUCCUAUCACCAGUGGCUGAGCUCAGUUGAGACACUGCUGACAAACCACCCUGCAGGCCACAUCCUGGCUGCCUUGAAGUACCUGGCUGCAGAACGGGAGGCGGAGAUCCGGUCCCUGUGUAGUGGGGAUGGACUGGAAGAGGUGAUAUCCAGGCCCCAGGCACCGCACCCGUGGAACUCAAGCCAGGCCCUGCCACCCACUGUUCAUCUGAUCCAGGAGGGCUGGCGGGCGGUAGGUGCACUGCUUACCCAGAGGAGUACGCUCCUGGAUGAGCGGCGAGUCCUGACUGAACGCCUCCUGAGCCUGGUGGAGGAGGUGGAGAGACACGCUCCGGAAUCCAGUGAGAGGAAAGUCCUGCUGCUGGGGCUUAGGUGCAGCGGCCACCGGGCAGAGCUCAAGUCUCUUCAUGCCCAGAGCCAGGAACUGGAGAAUGCGGUUGGGCACCGGCAGCUUCUGCUUCGAGAGCUGCAGGCCAAGCAGCAGCGGAUCCUGCGGUGGCGGCAGCUGGUGGAGGAGACCCAGGAACAGAUCCGCCUGCUCAUCAAGGAUAAUUCAGUCAGGAAGACCUGCCUGAGCCGGGGCCCAGAGGAGGUGCUGGCCCUGGUGCAGCGAAAGGUGGUUCCCACCUUAGAGGCAGUGACGCCACAGAGCCAGGAGCUGCUCCACUGCUUGAAGAAAGAAGCCCAAUGCCUGCCCCACAUCCAGCCGGGCCCCCUGCUGUGGUCCCAUGCCAAAGGGCCGAAGCCGCCAUCCAGGAUCCUUCCAUCCAUCCAGCAGCUGCACCCCACUACCCCAAGGAGUUCCGGCCUCAUCUCACUGAGCCGUACACUGGGGCUGCCUGUAGGGAAAGCACCCGAGCUACUACUUCCAAAGGCUGCCUCUCUCCGCCAAGACCUUCUGUUUCUCCAAGACCAGAGGGAUCUCCAAAGAGGGAAUCUCCACGUGAAGACCAGUCUGCCUCAGGAGCCAUCUGCCCAGAAGCUGCUGCAGAUCAAGGCGUCCCAAGAAAAGGAGCAGAAAGAGGACAUGGGGCAGACCCUGAAGAAGCUGGAGGACCUGUUGAAGCAGGCACUGGAGCGGAUCCCGGAGCUGCAGCAGCUGGUUGAGGACUGGUGGGAGCAGCCAGGCCAAGCCACCCUCUCUGGGGAGCUCUGCCAGGGCCUGUCCCUGCCCCAGUGGCAGCUCCGCUGGGCCCAGGCCUGCGGAGCACUGCAGCAGCCGUACGGAUGAAGAGGCGGCUAGGAGCAGCGUGGAGAAUCGCAACUUAGCCCGGUGGUGGUCUCUACUCAGGAGGCUGAGGAGGAGGAUUGCUGUGCAUUUCCAAGCCAGCCUGGGAUACACAGCAAGUUCCAAGACCGCCUAGGCUGCAGAGCAUAAGAUCCCAUUUCAAAAAUAAAUCGUAUUUAACCCCCAAACUCACCUCCCUCAAUAAAGCAUUUGAAAGAAA